CCCCGGCCUUUAAAGUACUUGCACUUACAUCACUGAGUUCGAACCACCGAUUCGGUACUCGAUAUUCUGCGCUUGCAACCCCGCACCCAACAUGUCUCUCGGCGCUGGGUCACAGAAAGGCCUUGAUGUUCUUCAAAGGUACCAUACAUUAUUAGGGACCAAGUGGACAUCUAAAAUAUCCGAAAAGCAAACAUACCUCCUCACAAGCGAUAUCAUUGAGUGGCUGAAGAAAAAGGAACCCGAUGAAAGGAUCAGUAAUUGCGAUCUGCUGCUUGACCAAGUGUAUUCGACGGAAAUGACACAAAAGUCCUCAGAGGAUAUCGUCGACUGCAUGAAACUAUUCUGUGUACUGUUGGAGAUUAACUGUGGCAAUCUGGUGCACAUAUUCAAGAGAGCUGGAGUCAACGACGAGAACCUCCGUCGUCCUAGCCGCGAUGCAGUUGAGCAUGUGCUUCGCGGGAGACCGCAUCACGACGCUGCGAAACUCGUCGACGAGUUUGAAGAACGCAAAUGGCGAUACUUCCCGGUCGUAUUCAAAUACAACGAUGAUCAGAUUUACCGGAAGGGCACCCUUUUUCCGUUCUGCAGAUUUGAACGAAUCAAUCACAAGGGGGCUACUGCGCGGCUCUUUCAAGCGUCUGUGAAGGAGGAAUUAGUGGAUAGUUCACUAAAAAGGGUCAUUCGCACAUCGCGCUAUGAAGACAAAGACUAUGGUUUUUGCUACCGAUUCGUCGUCAAGUCAUUCAAUGCCGACAACCGAGACACCUUCGAGGCUGAGCGAGACGCUUUUGCCGGUAUACAUGGCGAGACAAGAGUUAUCCGCUACCUUGGACAAUACCAGGAAGAAUUUCAACAGAACCAAUGGACGUAUAAUAUCCUCCUGGAGUACGGCGAAUUCGACCUCGACGAGUACUUCUAUGACCAUUACCCACCAGUACUGGGUGCGGAGAUUGUUGAUUUCUGGAAAGAGCUUUUUGAGGUAGCAGUGGCGGUACGGGGCUUGCACAACUUGGAGCAAAUCAACAACGCCGGCAGGACUACGUCAUACGAUGGAUGGCACUCCGAUAUCAAGCCAGACAACAUCUUAAGAGUCGACGACAGAUGGAAACUAGCUGAUUUUGGCUUUGCAAGAUUCGAGAAGCAUGGUCAUGGGAAACAGCCCAUGACUCGACUUGCGGGAGGCACUGCAACGUAUGGGGCCCCUGAAUGUCACCAACUGUCACUUAACCCAGAUAUACUGGGCUCCGUUUCACAAACGAUUGACACUUGGUCACUCGGAUGUGUUUUUUCGGUUGCGGCGACUUGGGUCAUCCUCGGAUCUCAAGGCAUGAAGCAGUUUCAGGAUGUUCGUCGAGCAGCAAUCUGCGACCUAAAGAAAAAGGACCGGAUCGACUCGGAUCCUGACAAGUCGGUAGCCGACGAUGCGUUUCAUGAUGGAUCCAAUCCCUUGCUUGAUGUCAAGUAUUGGCACGAUUGUCUCCGCCAAGUCAUCAGGUCUUCCGACACUACGUCAGCAUUGGUCCUAGACUUGAUCGACAAGAAAAUGCUAUUAGCUGAUCCGAAGGACCGCCUCGUAGCUUCUGAAAUAUGCGACGAGCUGAAACUCCUUUUGUGUAAAGCCAGGAAGCGUACUGAUGCCCUGGACGAGUCGAACCCCAUCGAAAACUCGAUUCUGAACAGCAUGAUAAAUUUUGACAACAACGCACCCGUGACCAAGGAACAACGGCAGGCUCGUCAGAAUGACAUAGCCGCAAGCCGCAGACUUCAAGACGACGGCUCAAAGCAGGCGACCAAAUCAGGCCUCCUUAAAAACAUUAUACCAGGAAAGGUGGCCAACAGAGGCGGCGCUCUGGGGGCCGCCAUGGGCCGCCGGUAUGGGAAACCUGCGAUAUCCUUGCCUAGUCCUGGUCCACCACAAAUGGCCUCCGAUGAAAUUCCUUUCGUACCCAGAUUUUUGAGCAACAAGAGCACAUCAUCCAAUCAACCGACAUAUUCUCUGGACACCGGAUUCACAACAUCCUCGUCAAAUGGCUUAUCCUUUUCAGACGACUCCCUAGAGUCGCUGACCACUCAAUCUUUGGCAUCGGCUCCACUCAAAAUGGAUGAAUCUAUGCCGAUAUACCAAGAGUGGUUAAGUCUUCAAAAGAAGACGAAGUCGAUUCUCCCACAAAUCUUCACGCGGCGGAAAAUUGACGACUACCUUUCCCGAUUCGUCAGCGACCGUGAUUUGAUAUUCGUUGUCGAUAAUGGUAAGACCAUGUCGCCCCUCUGGAAUGAAGUCACUAUUACGCUUCAAGUCCUGGCCGCAAAGGUCGAAGGGCUGGACAAUGACGGCAUAGACUUGAUUUUCACCUUUAACGAUCGGAACAACGUCAGAAAUUCCAAACGCAACGCGUCUUAUGUAUUUCGAGACGCCAUGAACCGCGCCAAGGCACCCCAAGAUGACUCGAAACCAUAUGGAACAGAUAUGGCCAGGACGUUGGGUGAAAUAUUUCAGCAAUACCUGAAGAGGCCAAGCAAGAAAAUGACGCUUCUCAUUCUCACUGAUGGGGUAUGGGAAGGCUCCCCUGACCCGAAUGAAGUCGAGAAUAAGAUCGCGACGUUCCUGAAGUCACCGGUAAUAGAAAGCACGUUCCGCGACCGCGCAUUCAGCAUCCAGUUCAUAUCAUUUGGUCAAUCAGGUAUUAGCAGGCUUGAAGCUCUGGAUGAUGACAUGACCAAAAAGUAUCAUAUAACCGACGUCAUAGAUCACGAGCCCUACAGUGGCGAUGUCUAUAAAAUGAUUCUCGGAAGCUUCGAAAAAUCAUUUGAUGUGAAGAAGACGCCUACGCUCCCCGUGCCAGGCAGUUCACCCACCGCCGGGGAAAACAUGUCACGGAGUCCUUCCCAGAACUCACGAAGGCCCUCGCAGUACCGACAGAACACUACUGAGACUGGCAAUCGAAGAAGGAGCAUUUUUAGAAGCUGAAUCUGGCUGGUUAAUGGCUAAUUCAAAGACGGACCUCGCUUCUCUUUGCACACCUGAAGGAUAUCAUACAUUUCUUGAGCUGCUAAGGUAUCUCGCAAGCAAAAAAC